AUGUCCGGCGUACAGCUGUCGGGCGGCGAGCUGAUCAUCGUAAUAGCGUGCGUCCUGCUCACGGUGGGCGUGUGCCUGUAUCCGUGGAAGCGACAGACGCAGGGAGGCUCAAGAAGCGACGCGUCUCAGCCACGCCAGCCGGAAACUGUCAAGGGCUUGCCGGAUGACUUGAGGGACCAAUUGUCGGUCGUUGUGAUUGCACCUCGCGAUCUUGCCGAAUUAGAGGACCAGUGUCCCAUCUGCCUGACGGACUACGAGGUGCAUGACGUGCAGCAGCAGCUGCCGUGCGGGCAUCACUUCCACCAGCCGUGCCUUGAUGCCUGGUUCACCUCACACGCCACCUGCCCCGUUUGCCGCGUGCAACUCACUCCGCAACCUGAUAACCCUGAGAGGGACCAGCAGGGCGCGGGUGCAAAAGGAGAGAACAAGGAAGUCGAAGCAGCUGCGCCAGCGGUCGAAACCACCAGCGCAGCGGCUGUCGAGGCGGAGACACCCAAGGAGCCCGAGGCCACUGGCGGCGAUGCCGCACCGGCUGGCGAGGAUGCCGCGCCGGCUGGGGAGGAUGGCGGGAGUAAAAAGCGCAAAGCGGAAGGGGAAGCGGGGGAGGAAGAGGGUGAUACCAAGGAAACCGUAGAGGUGAAACCGAGCGAAGAAGGAGCUAAAGGGGACGGCGGCGAUGCGCAAGCGAAGAAGAAGAGCGGGCCUGUGGUGCUGGGACCGCAGACAUUCGCAACCGGGCUUCAGAUGUUCAACUUCUUUCUCGACCUUCUUCGCGGCUGGCCUGUCAACCUGGAUAUCAACCAGUACGAGCACAUGGUGCUGCUAGACCUGCUAAAGAAGGGCCACAGCGACCCCACGUCCAAGGUCGGACCAGGCAUCCGGUCCUUCCAGAUCCGCCCGCACCCCGAGUUCCACUCGCGCUGCUUCUUCCUCGUGCGCACGGACGGCACCGUGGACGACUUCAGCUACCGCAAGUGCGUCGAAGCCCUCAUGGGCCUGCCGCAGGAAUUCACGCUCAGUGCUGCUAAGGAAUGGGACAGCAAUGGGGAAGCAGGAGGACACGGUGGUGGUGGCGGUGCUCGUGGGCUUGGGACGAACAGCGUAGACGAUGGCAACAGCGACUCGUUUGCUGCUGCACACACGGAUAGGAGCCGUCCAAAUGAGUGGAAGGAGUUCGAGGCAUUGCUCGUUUGCCCUCUUUCGAAUGAACCGCUGAGGUUCGACAGCACAACAUCUGAAUACAUUAGCGACUCGAUUGGUGUAGCAUAUCCUGUUGUGAAUGGAAUUCCCCCAGUUCCUUCCAUUCUCCCGGUGUGUGCUCUCGUCUCUUCAGCUGUGUGCAUUGCCCUUGACACAGCAGUUUUGACGAGUGCAGGCGGCGAACAGCAGGUGGGCGCCAUGGGAGAGGGUAUCCGAGACACGGGUCAUGAUUUGCAAAAUGGAGCAGACUCCGCCACUCGAGCUGAGCAGGAGGCGAUGAUAGGCGGUGCGAAUGGCGGGGAGACGGGAGGCGAGGAGGAGGAGGAGGAAGAGGAGCACGUGGAGGUAUCACCGGAGGCGACGGCCAACCCCAUCUCCAAGCUCAUCUUCUGGUGGCUGAAUCCGCUGAUGAACGAGGGGUACCGCAAGCCGCUGGAGCAGGCGGACCUUCCGCCGCUGCCGCCGUGCGACGACGCCAAAGCCGUCUCCGUCAAGUUCGCGCACGUGUGGGAGCAGGAACUACACAAGGACAAGCCGUCGCUGACGCGCGCGUUGUUCCGGUGCUUCCGCUACCGCCUCAUCAUCGGCGCACUCGUGCAGUUCGUCAACGUGCUGCUGCAGGCCACGCCACCCAUCUUCCUGAAUGCGGUGUUGCUGUUCAUCCAAGGCACUCCCACUGACCAUUUUAUGAAGAAAAUCUUCGGUGACAACUUUGGGUACUAUGCUGCAGCGGCGCUGUUUGUGGUGCCAACAAUACGGUCGUUACUGGACGCUCAGUACAAUCAGAUCAUGUUCCGACUCGGCGUGCAUGUGAAAACGGCGCUGGUGGAGAUAGUCUACGACAAGUCGCUGAAGCUGUCCAACGGUGCUCGCCAGGGCAAGUCAGUGGGAGAAAUUGUAACUCUCAUGCAGGUGGACACGGAGAAGGUGUCCAUGACCACGCCCUUCCUGCACUUCACAUGGAGCGGCCUCUUGCAGAUAUUCAUCAACCUGGGUCUGCUCAUUUACUACAUCGGCUGGAGUGCUGUAGCUGGGUUUGCCAUGCUCAUCAUCACCAUCCCCACUCAGGGCAAGUUGGUGAGUCUGCUGCUGGCGAUGCAGAGGAAGAUUCUGCUCAACACCGGCAGGCGAGUCAAGGUGAUCAACGAGCUACUGCAGGGCAUCCGGGUGGUGAAGUGCUACGCGUGGGAGCAGCCGUUCACAGCGGCAAUAGCGGGCAUUCGCAGUGUGGAGCUCAAGGCCAUGCGCAGCCGCGUGUGGCUGCGUGCCGUGCAGACCUGCUUCAUGCUCGCCACGCCCACCCUCAUCAUGGUGGUGACCUUUGCGUUCUACGCGGAGGUGGCGCACGGCAGCAUGAUGGCAUCCACUGUCUUCACGGCGCUCUCACUCUUCAACUCGCUGCGCAUCCCCCUCAUGAUCUAUCCUUUUGUGAUCAACUCCGUUCUGGCAGGACAUGUGUCGCUGCAACGGCUGGGCAAGUACCUGUCGAGUCCAGAGAUGCAGCACGUGCAGAAGAACGAGGACAAGGGCGAUGACCCCGUUGCCGUCUCCAUUGACCAUGGCAACUUCCAAUGGUCAACAGCCAAGCCGCCAGCAGCAGCACCGUCCAAGCCAGGGGGGUCGAAGGUGGCGCCCGGCAUGGGGGGAAGCUUUGGUGCGCCCAUGGGCAUGGGCGGAGGAGGACCCCCGGGAUCCGCUCGCUCUGCGCCAGGCAAGGCAGGCGGGGAUGCGGCAAAGCGCGGGGAGAAGAAAGGGUGGUGGCGCUGGGGCAAGGCCAAGGCAGGGCCUGCAGACAAGGGCAGCGCGGGGGAGAAAGGGAGCGGUGCUGAGAGCAAGGACAGCAAGGACAAGGGCAAGGAGAAGGAGAAGGAGAAGCCUUUUGCUCUCACUGAUGUCAGCAUCACUGUUCCUCGGGGGUCGCUGUUUGCCAUAGUGGGGUCGGUUGGCAGUGGUAAGAGCUCUCUCAUAUCCGCCAUCCUAGGCGAGAUGGAAGCACAGCGGGACGACGACGAGGGGGGUGAUGGUCGCAAGAGCACAGAUCGCAAGAGUGGGGAGAGGAGGCGGAGCAGCAGCGAGAGGAGGAGGAGCAGUGGCGAGAGGAGGAGGAGUGAGAGUGAGGGAGGAGUGGUGGAUGGGGAGAAUGAAGAGGAGAAGUGCCGGGUCACCAUCAAUGGCUCUCUUGCGUAUUGCAGCCAGCAGGCAUGGAUCAUGAACACGUCCUUGAGAGAGAACAUUUUGUUUGGCCACGAGUACGAGGAGGACCGAUACAACGCCAUCCUCGAUGCAUGUGCUCUCCGCAAGGAUUUGGCAGCGCUACCCGAUGGGGACAGCACAGAAAUCGGCGAGCGCGGGAUCAACCUGAGCGGGGGGCAGAAGCAGCGAGUGGCGCUGGCGCGGGCAGUGUACGCAGACACAGACAUUGUUCUACUGGACGACCCGCUCUCCGCUGUGGACGCGCAUGUGGGCGCGCACCUGUUUGAGAACUGCGUGCACGGGAUCCUGCAGGGCAAGACGAGAGUCUUUGUCACCAACCAGCUGAACUUCGUGCCACAGGCGGAUCUGAUAGCCGUGGUGGACAAGGGCACAGUCGUGGAGCAGGGCACCUACAAGGAGCUGAUGGCGCAGGGGGGCAUGUUUGCGCGGCUUAUGCUGGAGAGUGGCUCGCACAGGCACACCUCCGACGAUGCUGCUGACGCCGCCUCCUCCUCCUCGCACUCGUCACCCUCUGACCUCGCCAAGCGCUCCCUCUCCCGCCUCGUGUCUCGAGGCAGGCAGCUCGGCGGCUCUAAGGCACGGACACGCAGCAUGAGCCGUAGAUUUUCCUUCUCCGCUCAGGGAACUCUGGUGGAUCAGGAGCAACGUGCCAGAGGCAUGCUCAAACUGGAGGUGUACAAGAAGUACUGGCUGGAAACGAGCUGGAUCAUCCCGGCGGGCGUGCUGAUGCUGUUUGUCAUCGUGCAGUGUGUCGACGCCUUCACCCGCUACUGGCUCGCCUACUGGACCAAGAACCAGUUCAACCAAUCUGCAGGCUUCUACCUCGGCAUCUACGCAUCUCUGGCCAUGCUGUACACGAUUCUCAUCUACUUCCGCACAUUGGGCCAGGCGUUCCUGGGGCUGUGGACGUCGAAGAAGCUGCACGAGGGCAUGCUGGCGUCCGUGCUGCGCGCGCCCAUGUCCUUCUUCGACACCACGCCCGUCGGCCGCAUCCUCAACCGCUUCAGUGCGGAUCAGGCAGGAGUGGACGAGACGCUGCCCUUCUCCUGGUCCACCUUCCUUAACAUCCUAUUCCAGGUGUUUGGCACCAUCGUAGUGGUCACCAUCGUCACAUGGGAGUUCAUCAUCGCUUUCAUCCCUGUCGCCUGCCUCUACUUCUGGGUGCAGCAGACAUACCGCAAGACGGCGCGGGAGUUGAAGCGGUUGGAUGCGGUGAGCAAGAGCCCUGUGUACCAGCAGUUCACGGAGACGCUCAACGGGUUACCUGUCAUCCGCGCCUACAACCAGGAAGAGCGCUUCCUGCGCAUGUGCGAUGACAAGCUAGACGCCAACAACAGGGCAUUCUUCCUGCUCAAGUGCUGCGACCGCUGGCUGUCCGUGCGCCUGGAGCUCAUGGGCAACACACUCGUCUUCGCCGCCGCCAUCUUUGCUGUGGUGAACCGGGGCAGUGUGUUUGCGGGGUUUGCGGGCAUCAGCAUAGACUAUGCGCUGCAGAUCACGGCAGCGCUGGGCAUGCUGGUGCGCCAGAUGACCGACACGGAGAACCAGAUGAACGGCGUCGAGCGCAUCCUCGAGUACCGUGAUAAGAUCGACCACGAGGCACCAGCAGUGAUCAAGGACGCGGAUCCGGGGCCAGAGUGGCCGGGCAAGGGCGAGAUCCAAGUGGAGCACAUCUCCAUGCGCUACCGCCCCAACCUGCCCCUCGUGCUCAAGGACGUGUCAGUCUCAAUCCAAGGGGGCGAGCGCGUGGGCAUAGUGGGCCGAACCGGCUCCGGGAAAAGCUCCCUCAUGCUGUGCCUCUUCCGCCUGGUAGAGCCCGCGGAGGGGCGCAUCCUGAUAGACGGCACGGAGAUCUCAGGUCUGGGCCUCACACAGCUGCGCUCCAGACUGUCGAUCAUUCCCCAGGACCCCGUGCUGUUUAGUGGCACUGUGAGGAGUAACCUGGACCCGUUCAACUGCCACUCGGACGAUGAUGUGUGGACCGCGCUCAGUCACGCGCAUCUCAAGGAUAAGGUGGGGGCGCUGACAGGGAAGCUGGAAGCAUCGGUGGCGGAGUAUGGAGAGAACUUCUCCGUGGGGGAGAGACAACUGCUGUGCCUUGCGCGUGUGUUGCUGCGCAAGAACCGCAUCAUGAUCAUGGAUGAGGCCACCAGCAGCGUUGACUUUGAAACCGAUCGCCUCAUUCAGGCCACCAUCCGCACGCACAUGCAGGACAGCACCAUGCUCAUCAUCGCUCACCGCAUCAACACCGUCAUUGACGCCUCGCGCAUCCUCGUGCUCAGCCAUGGCGAGGUGAUGGAGUAUGACACGCCAGCAGCGCUGCUGGACAGUCCCGAGGGGCAGUUCUCAUCACUGGUGGAGGACACGGGCGAGCAGACUGCAGCACACCUGCGCAAGAUUGCACGCGGGGAGCUCGAUUUCUUUGCUGCUUACUCUAAGAUCGUCAAGGCUGAGUGA